AUGAUAAACUUGGAUGAACUAACGGAACGAACGUUUAUAAUACUUACAAAAAUUGGUUGGUAUAAUUUAAAAAAGCAAAGAAAAAUAGACUGUGUUUUUUGCAGGGAAACGGAACAUUUCCUGGACCAUGGUCCAUCUGAUGGAAACAAAAGCCAGGACGAUGAUGAGGAUGAGGAGAGACCAGUUAGCAGACAAGUCUUGUUGGACAAAAUUCGGGAAAAGAAGGAAGUGAUUGGCAAAUUAAGAUGUCAGCCAUGGAAUAUGAAUCGGAAACGUCGGACCUUAAGACUUGCCCAGAAAUAUUUGGCGCAAAAUGAACCUCGUGUGUCAAAAACUCAUUUAUACAAGGGAGAAUUGAUAAAAACAUGGCGAAGAUUCUGUCGAUGGCUAAGCCAUUUUGGUUCAGUCGUCUCUUCAUAUUUUACAUUUCUUCGUUGGGUUAUAUUUGUAAAUUUGGUGAUUUCUUUGAUAAUUAUUUCCUUAAUCGUCAUUCCCGAAGUGCUAGCGGAUACGGCUGCAGACGAAGAUCGCAAGAAUCGAACCGACUCAAGGAAAGUUAUUCCACCGAACGAACGGUUUCACGCAGAUGAAUUGCAAGUUGUUUGGCAUUAUGAUGGAUAUAUAAAAUACUCGCCACUAUUUUAUGGUUAUUAUAGUAAUGAUGAAUUUGUUGGAAGUGGAAUUCGUUACGCUCUACCGUUGGCAUAUUUCCUUGUUACAUUAUUUGUUUUUGGUUAUAGUUGCUUCGCUAUUCUCCGCAAAAUGGCAUCAAACGCAAAGUUGAGUAAAAUGGCUGGCAGUAAAGAUAAUCAAUACACCUUUAAUUGGAAACUUUUCACUGGAUGGGAUUACACAAUUGGUAAUCCAGAAACUGCUUACAAUACUGUUAUGGCCAUUAUUAUCAAGAUAAGGGAGUCGAUAGCCGAAUGUCGAACUCAGGUUAGAGAUCAAUUUCAAUUAUUAUUGUUCCUUACAAGAUUUUUGGCAAAUGCAGUUAUACUUGCAAUGUUAGCAUUCUCUAUUUAUUGUAUUUCGUUUGCUGUACAAACGUCUCAAACUGUUGAACAAACUGGUGGUUUAAUCAAUAAAAAUCAGAUGCCUACAAUUGUUGCUACAAUCACUCAUGUCUUUCCAAUGAUUUUCGAUCUCAUCGGCACUGUUGAAAGGUAUCAUCCUAGAACUGCCUUAAGAGCGCAUCUUACACGGGUCUUAGUACUUUAUGUGCUCAAUUAUAUGACAUUAAUUGUUGCAUUAUUUGAAAAAUUGGACAAAAUUCGAGGAGAUGAAAUUUCGAAAUUAAUCGACGAACGUCAAUUAUCAAUCAGAUCCAAGAGGCUUCAAGCGCAAAAUGGAACAGGGCUGUCAUUUUCGAGCAAAAAUUUUACUGAUAAUGAACAAGCAAAACGGUUCCGCAAUGGCUCAUUCGAACGCUUUUCGCUGAGAUAUAGUCGGCAGUCAAAAAUCUUACGCGACAAAUUGGCUAACGGAGUACAAGUAAAAUCUGAAUUUGGACCUGUUCGGUUAAAUAAUCCUGAUGCUAUUCUAUUGAAUAUGUCAUAUGCUGACGAAGAGAGGCGAUUCAAAGCUAUAAAGCUUGGUCCUUCGCCACUUCCUACUUUCACUAGAACACCUUUUAAGCCGAAAAAACUACCUACUAAUGUUUUUUUGGUAAAAUAUUGUUUCAAUAUUCUGAUAUAA